AUGGCUCUGCCACCGAGUGAAGAUGCUAUGACAGGAGAUACAGACAAAUAUCUUGGGCCCCAAGACCUCAAAGAACUGGGAGACGAUUCUCUCCCCGCGGAAGGAUACAUAGGCUUCAGCCUAGGAGCCCGCUCCGCCAGCCUCCGCUCCUUCAGUUCGGAUAGGUCUUACACACUGAACAGAAGCUCUUACGCCCGGGACAGCAUGAUGAUCGAAGAACUGCUGGUGCCAUCAAAGGAUCAGCACCUGACAUUUACAAGGGAAUUCGAUUCCGAUUCUCUUAGGCAUUAUAGCUGGGCUGCAGACACCCUGGACAAUGUCAACCUUGUCUCGAGCCCCAUCCACUCUGGGUUCCUGGUGAGUUUCAUGGUGGAUGCUCGAGGGGGCUCCAUGAGAGGAAGCCGCCAUCAUGGGAUGCGAAUCAUUAUUCCGCCACGCAAGUGCACGGCACCCACUCGCAUCACUUGCCGACUGGUAAAGAGACAUAAGCUGGCCAACCCACCCCCCAUGGUGGAAGGAGAGGGAUUAGCCAGUAGACUGGUAGAAAUGGGGCCGGCGGGGGCACAAUUCUUAGGCCCAGUCAUAGUGGAAAUUCCGCACUUUGGAUCAAUGAGAGGGAAGGAAAGAGAACUCAUUGUUCUCCGGAGUGAAAAUGGUGAAACAUGGAAAGAGCAUCAGUUUGACAGCAAAAAUGAAGAUUUAACUGAGUUACUUAAUGGCAUGGAUGAAGAGCUGGAUAGCCCCGAAGAAUUGGGAAAGAAGCGCAUCUGCAGGAUAAUCACGAAGGACUUUCCCCAGUACUUUGCGGUGGUGUCACGGAUCAAGCAGGAGAGCAAUCAGAUGGGCCCAGAAGGCGGUAUCUUGAGCAGCACCACUGUGCCCCUGGUUCAAGCAUCCUUUCCUGAGGGGGCUUUGACCAAAAGGAUCCGAGUGGGCCUCCAGGCUCAGCCUGUUCCUGAAGAAAUUGUGAAAAAAAUCCUUGGAAAUAAAGCCACUUUUAGCCCAAUUGUCACCGUGGAGCCACGAAGAAGGAAAUUCCAUAAACCAAUAACGAUGACCAUUCCUGUGCCUCCCCCCUCUGGAGAAGGCGUAGCCAAUGGCUACAAAGGAGACAACACACCCAACCUGCGCCUUCUUUGUAGCAUUACAGGAGGAACAUCGCCUGCGCAGUGGGAGGACAUCACGGGAACCACACCACUGACAUUCAUAAAGGACUCCGUCUCUUUUACGACCAAUGUUUCAGCCAGGUUUUGGCUUGCGGAUUGCCAUCAAGUUAUGGAAACCGUUGGAUUAGCUUCCCAGCUCUACAGGGAAUUAAUAUGUGUCCCAUACAUGGCCAAGUUUGUGGUGUUUGCCAAAAUGAAUGAUCCUUUGGAAUCUUCCUUACGUUGCUUCUGCAUGACAGAUGAUAAAGUGGACAAAACUUUGGAGCAGCAAGAGAAUUUCGAGGAAGUUGCAAGAAGCAAAGAUAUUGAGAUCUCAGCUACAAUACUAAUGAAGGCCUUCGGCACGCUUCCCUGCGCUCUGGACGGGUCCACCCUGCUAAAUAUCCGUCUGUCCAUUAACUGUCUCCCACCCACAUCCUUCCAGAUCAGAGACACGAGUCAAGAGCCCUGCGGCCGUUUGUCAUUUCUGAAAGAACCAAAGACGACGAAAGGACUGCCACAAACAGCUGUUUGCAACUUAAAUAUUACCCUUCCAGCCCAUAAAAAGACGGAGAAAGCCGACCGUCGCCAGAGUUUCGCAUCUAUGGCCCUACGUAAGCGCUAUAGCUACUUGACUGAGCCUGGAAUGAGUCCACAAAGUCCAUGCGAACGGACAGAUAUCAGGAUGGCCAUUGUGGCUGAUCACCUGGGGCUGAGCUGGACAGAACUGGCGAGAGAACUGAAUUUUUCCGUGGAUGAGAUCAACCAAAUCCGUGUAGAAAAUCCAAAUUCUUUAAUUGCUCAGAGCUUCAUGUUAUUAAAAAAAUGGGUUACCCGAGAUGGAAAAAAUGCGACAACUGAUGCCUUAACUUCUGUCCUGACAAAAAUUAACCGAAUAGAUAUAGUGACCUUGCUGGAAGGACCAAUAUUUGAUUAUGGAAAUAUUUCUGGCACCAGGAGCUUUGCAGAAGAGAACAAUGUUUUUCAUGAUCCUGUUGAUGGUUAUCCUUCCCUUCAAGUGGAACUGGACACCCCCAGUGGGUUGCACUACCCUCCACCCACCCCUUUCCAGCAAGAUGAUUAUUUUAGCGAUAUCUCUAGCAUAGAGUCACCCCUUAGAACUCCCAGUAGACUGAGCGACGGGCUAGGAACUUCCCAGGGAAACGUAGACGGCACCCCAGAAGCGCCUCCGGUGGUAACCGCCGAAGACACCUCGUUAGAAGACAUCAAGCUGGACUUCCCGGUGCCUCGCGGAGGAGUUCCUCGCGCCGGGGAUGGAGAGGACGGCGGGCCGGAGAAUGUUUGCCUGAGUUGGCAGAACGAGGCCUCCACGGGCAGCCCCGAGCCACCGAUGCCAGGGCGCAGGAUAGCUGGUGGGUUACUGGACCGACUGGAUGACAGCCCCGACCAAUGCAGGGAUUCUAUUACCUCAUAUCUCAAAGGAGAAGCCGGCAAAUUUGAAGCCAACGGCAGCCACCCCGAGGCCUUUCCCGAAAGCACGGCCAAGCCUCACGUCCAAGAAUCCCAGAACGACAUUGGAAAGCCGAGGGACAAGGAGCCUCUGAAACCAAAAACCCCAGGUUCUGGCCGCGGCGACGGGCCGGUAGCCUACCAGAAAUCUGUGGAAGAAAGUAGCAAGCAUUUAGCGGAUGAGAUCAAAACCUCUGUGCCUGUCAGUGUGAAAAAGAUGAAUAGGACUUCUUCCGGGGAUGCAAAGCCACGGCUAAACCUCCACGAGGAAGAAGGCGCCGUCGUGCCUGAGCACAAGCAGGGAGAAGGUUAUAAGGUGAAGACAAAGAAAGAAAUCCGCCCUGUGGAAAAGAAGAGCCACUCAUAACAACAGGACGGUGAACGGUCAGUCAAUGUCCAUCUUGAAAUUUACCACCCUAAGCUUUAUGAAUGGGAUGACCCCAUUUUACCACCACAAGAGAACACAGUGGAGCUUGCCACUGAAUAUGUGAUAUAAUGAUAGGGAAUCCUCCCAUUGUCUUUCCUUUCUCCUUUUCUUCCUUUUUUUUUCUUCCUCCUUC